AUGAUGCUUCGAUCUUUGGUAUCCAAGUCGACAACCAGCAGCAGCAGGGGCUUGCAGUGUCUUUAUGGUGGCGGCAAAAGUCAUUCCUAUCAGAUGAUGAAGGGUGGAAGGAUGUUAUCAUCUCUUGAGCCUUCGAUGACCUUUGGGCGACGACGCCGUCAAGAGCUCUCGACAUCGGCGGUACCGGCUCUGGACGAGGAUGACUAUGAAGAAGAAGUAUCUCCUGUGAUUAUCCACAAAACAAAAUCCAAUACGAAGGCUGGUACUGGAAGUAGCACCACAUCAUCAGCCAAGCCCCGCCUUCAUGCUCUCCGAGAACAACUCAAGAAAGAACCCCCUCUUCAAUCUUUUCUUAACAAGAAGAACAACAGCAACAACUCUGCAACGGAAAACAGCAACAGCAGCACCAACAACCAGACCACGUUGCACUGGAGAGAGCUGCUGGAACGAUCACAAGAAACUGAAUAUGAUGAUUCUGAACUAUUGCAGCAACGAGAACAACCGGCAGCUGCAGCAGCUGUCCGUCCGGUACUAACAGAUCGGUUUGGUCGACAUCACAAUUACUUGAGGAUAUCACUGGCCGAACGAUGCAAUCUACGCUGUACCUACUGCAUGCCUCCGGAAGGAGUGCCCCUGCAACCCCAAUCCCAGUUGCUGCAGACACCUGAAAUUCUUUCACUGGCACGGCAUUUCUACAAUCAUGGAGUCACCAAGAUUCGGCUCACGGGAGGAGAACCCACUCUGCGAAAGGAUUUACUCGACAUUUUGCAAGGGCUCAAUGACAUUGGGAGAAACGAUCGCGAAAGUAAUAAUAAUAAUAGGAGUGGAUUGGAUGAAUUGGCCAUUACCACCAAUGGCGUCACAUUGGCCAAACACUUGGAUGCGUACAUUGAUGCCGGUUUGAAUCGAGUCAACAUCAGUCUAGAUACACUUUUGCCCGACAAAUUUGCACAACUCACACGGCGACCGGCAUCGUACUACGAUCGAGUGUGGGAAUCUAUCGAAGCGGCCGCUGCCAAGGCACCACACGAGUUGGUGACCAAAAUCAAUGUCGUUGUCAUGAACGGAGUCAAUCAAGACGAAGUGGCAGAUUUUUGUGCGCUUCAAAAACAAUUCCCCAAUCUGCAUGUACGAUUCAUUGAGUACAUGCCCUUUACUGAAAAUGGAUGGAACAUGGACAAAUGGGUGCCCUACAGAGACUUGUUGCAACAAUUGGAACAACAAGAUCAUGUCCAGCUCGUGAAACUACCCGAACUAGAUCCAAACGAUACUACCAAGUGGUACACCACUCUGGAAAACAGUACGAGAAUGAACGGCGACAAAAAUCUUGGUCGCAUUGGGUUCAUCACGUCCAUGUCUCAGCCGUUUUGUGGUACGUGCAAUCGACUACGAUUGACAUCCGAUGGACAAAUCAAGGUCUGUCUCUUUGAUGGCAAUUCUACCAUUUCGCUCAGGGAUGCCAUGCGAGAAGGAGCCAAUGGAAUGGAAUUGGAUCAACUCAUUCAACAUGCUCUGCGCAAAAAACACUUUUCUCUGGGAGGUCACUCGUCACCCGAACACAUCCUAGCCGAUUCCGAUCAAAAUCGACCCAUGACUUUGAUUGGGGGUUAG